AAAGCCAGCCUGAUAAAGCUCCCUGUGACAGCCUGACUUGCCAUUCUUCGAAUAUGCUGCUCUUGCUCUGAGCAGUUCCUACAUUGGAGCUGCAGCUUUCCAAAUUGAACUGGAAAGAGUUUGCAGGUUUAUCAGGCUUUUUCACCUGCAGUAGAGUCUCUGCUAUGUUUGAGGUUUUUGUUUUGAAUGGUGAAAGCUAGCACUCCAUACAAGACAUGACAGCAAAAAAUUCUUCCAAGGAACUUACUGCUUCUGAAUCUGAGGUUUGCAUAAAGACUUUCAAGGAGCAAAUGCACUUAGAACUUGAGCUUCCAAGACUACCGGGAAACAGACCUACAUCUCCCAAAAUUUCUCCACGCAGUUCGCCAAGGAACUCACCGUGCUUUUUCAGAAAGUUGCUGGUGAAUAAAAGCAUCCGGCAGCGUCGCCGCUUCACCGUGGCUCAUACAUGCUUCGAUGUAGAAAAUGGCCCUUCCCCAGGUCGGAGCCCACUGGACCCCCAGGCCAGUUCAUCCUCUGGACUGGUUCUUCAUGCCACCUUCCCUGGGCACAGCCAGCGCAGAGAGUCCUUUCUGUACAGAUCAGACAGCGACUAUGACUUGUCACCAAAGGCAAUGUCAAGAAACUCAUCACUUCCAAGCGAGCAACAUGGCGAUGACUUGAUUGUCACUCCUUUUGCCCAGGUCCUCGCCAGCUUGCGAAGUGUGAGAAACAACUUCACUCUACUCACAAACCUGCACGGAACAUCUAACAAGAGGUCCCCAGCGGCUAGUCAGCCUCCUGUCUCCAGAGCCAACCUGCAAGAAGAAUCUUAUCAAAAACUAGCAAUGGAAACGCUGGAGGAACUAGACUGGUGCUUAGACCAGCUAGAGACCAUCCAGACCUACCGCUCCGUCAGUGAGAUGGCUUCGAACAAGUUCAAAAGAAUGCUGAACCGGGAGCUGACACACCUCUCAGAGAUGAGCCGAUCAGGGAACCAGGUGUCUGAAUACAUUUCAAAUACUUUCUUAGACAAGCAGAAUGAUGUGGAGAUUCCAUCUCCCACUCAAAAAGACAGAGAGAAAAAGAAGAAGCAACAGCUCAUGACACAGAUAAGUGGAGUGAAGAAACUGAUGCACAGUUCAAGCUUAAACAAUACAAGCAUCUCACGCUUUGGAGUCAAUACCGAAAAUGAAGAUCACCUGGCUAAGGAGCUGGAAGACCUGAACAAAUGGGGCCUUAAUAUCUUCAAUGUGGCUGGAUAUUCACAUAAUCGACCCCUGACAUGCAUCAUGUACGCCAUAUUUCAGGAAAGAGACCUCCUGAAGACGUUCAAAAUCUCAUCUGACACAUUUGUAACCUACAUGAUGACUUUGGAAGAUCAUUACCAUUCUGAUGUGGCAUAUCAUAACAGCCUGCACGCUGCUGAUGUAGCCCAGUCAACCCAUGUUCUUCUUUCUACACCAGCAUUAGAUGCUGUCUUCACAGAUUUGGAGAUCCUGGCUGCCAUUUUUGCAGCUGCCAUCCAUGACGUUGAUCAUCCUGGAGUCUCCAAUCAGUUUCUCAUCAACACAAAUUCAGAACUUGCUUUGAUGUAUAAUGAUGAAUCUGUGUUGGAAAACCAUCACCUUGCGGUAGGGUUCAAACUGCUACAGGAAGAACACUGUGACAUCUUCCAGAACCUCACCAAGAAGCAGCGUCAGACACUCAGGAAAAUGGUGAUCGACAUGGUGUUAGCAACUGAUAUGUCCAAACAUAUGAGCUUGCUGGCAGACCUGAAAACAAUGGUAGAAACGAAGAAAGUCACCAGCUCUGGCGUUCUUCUCCUGGACAACUAUACCGAUCGUAUACAGGUUCUUCGCAACAUGGUACACUGUGCAGACCUGAGCAACCCCACCAAGUCCUUGGAAUUGUAUCGGCAAUGGACAGAUCGCAUCAUGGAGGAGUUUUUCCAACAGGGAGACAAAGAACGGGAGAGGGGAAUGGAGAUUAGCCCAAUGUGUGAUAAACACACAGCUUCUGUGGAAAAAUCCCAGGUUGGUUUCAUUGACUACAUUGUCCAUCCACUGUGGGAGACCUGGGCAGAUCUUGUACAGCCUGAUGCUCAAGACAUUCUAGACACAUUGGAAGAUAACAGGAACUGGUAUCAGAGCAUGAUACCACAGAGUCCUUCUCCACCACUGGACGAGAGGAAUAGAGACUGCCAGGGUUUGAUGGAGAAGUUUCAAUUUGAACUGACCCUCGAAGAAGAGGAUUCUGAAGGACCUGAAAAGGAGGGAGAAGGCCACAACUAUUUCAGCAGCACAAAGACACUUUGUGUGAUUGAUCCAGAAAAUAAGGAGUCACUGGGAGAGACUGACAUAGACCUUGCAACAGAAGACAAGUUCCCAGUUGACACAUAAUCUCCCUCUCUGUGUAGAGAUGAACAUUCCACCCUUGACAAGCAUGCCAGCUGUGUGGUAGGGCCAGCCUGCUAUGGGGGCUGAGGCCUACACAGGACAAAGGCCUCCUGGCCUUUCCAGUUACUUGAGUUUGGAGCCAGAAUGCAAGCCCAUGAAGCAAAUAGCAGCUCAGGAAAUUCCACGGUUGACUUGCCUCACUUGCAAGCUUGGCAGAGAGCUGAAGCUUAUGUGGUAGUGGAGGCCAGUUCUCAUCACAACUAAAUGGCUUGAAAUGGAAGAUACAAAACCGAGAGAUUUCUCUGCACUAAGUUCUGGGAAUCUGUCUCAACUAGUGACUGAACUCACUAAUAACUUCAUUUAUAAAUCUGCUCACCUGUCCUCUUGUCUGCCAACCUGUGUGCCUUUUUUGUAAAACAUUUUCAUGUCUUUAAAAUGCCUGUUGAAUAUCUAGAGUUUAGUACCAACUUCUAUACAGAUGAGUGUUUAAAGUUGACAAACUUUUUGGACUCUCUCUGGAAAAAAAAAAGGAAAGAAAACAGUCUUCCUUCAUUCUUGGGCAAUAUUUUUUGCUUUACUACAGUUAACUUUUGCAAACAGACAGAAAGAACACACUUCUAACCACAUUCUACUUCCUUCCCCUGUUUUCCAGUCCAACUCCACUGUGGCCCUUGUAACUUAGAUCUGUUUGCCUGCUUUGAACAGUAUUUUUUCUCUGAAGUUUCACUGUUUUGCUGUAAGCAGAAUAAAAACGAACAAACUAGGGGGUAGGAAGGGAUAGUCAUGUUGUUUGCAAUAACAGUCUGUGUAAUAGCUGAAUAAGACAGCGUACCCUAUUGUGUCCUGGCCCUCUGUGAGUUGCACAGUCCCCUGUCCUGCAACUCUCUUUGCCCAGUUAUACUGUUUCAACUUAAUGCUGCCGUCUUUCUCUUGCACUGCCUUCUGCGCUAGCACCAACCUCCAUUCCUGUUUAUAACCAUGUAUUUAUUACUUAAUGUAUAUACUGUAAUGUUUUGUAAGUUAUUAAUUUAUAUAUCUAACAUUGCCUGCCAAUGGUGGUGUUAAAUUUGUGUAGAAAACUCUGCCUAAGAGUUGCAACUUUUACUUGUAACAUUUUGUAUUGUGUAUUAUAUAACCCAAGCAUUGCUUAAGAAAGACAUAUGGCAUGACCCCCUCAGGGGUGAGGACAGGGAUGGGCUGUUCUGAGGGGCUUCCCUUUCCCUGUCUGACUUGCUAAUUCUGCACAAGCCCUUUAUGAACCGGUUUUGCAACAGGAUUCUCACAUUGGAUACUAAAUGGUUUAUACUGAGCUUUUACUUUUGUAUAGUUUGAUAGGGUUAGGGGGCAAUGGGAAGUAGUUUUUACCCAUGUUUUAUCCAAAUCUGUGGACACAUGAGUUGGGUUAUAACUGGGUUCUACUAUAAUUGUGGCUUCGAUUCAAAAAAGCAACACUACAUUUGCUCACAGAGGAUUCUUUUGAGUAUUCCCAAACUACUGACUUUGGAAAGCUAGCCUCCUGCCUGCCAUUAAGCAGAAUGUCAUGUUCCAAUUCAUUAUGAAAGAAAACAAUAAAACAAUGUGAAUUUUAUAAUAAAAUGUGAACUGAUGUAG